UUAUGAUUGAACCAUCAAUCCACCAUUUUUCCUACCUUUUCUAUUUAUUAGUAAAACUUACUGCCUUCGAACCCCAUAUACUUUCUCUCAUAUGAAGCUCUUAUGAUUUCUGUCCCUUUUAUGGCAGGAAGAAGCAAAAAAGAACAAGGAGUAUAGAGAGCUGUAAUUAAAUUAACCAAGAAAAGGAAAACUUCAAGAUAUUCUGAAGUCGGAGUGGAACGGUGUCGUCUGGGGAAGCAAGCAUUGACACAGAGGUCGUUUUCACUGUGCUGAAUUCUUUUGGAGUUUAUGAUCUGCAUUUGAUCUGUUGUGGUGGCCAUUGCUUCUCCUAACAAAGCAGAGACAGUACCUUGAGAGAGACAGAGAGAGAGGUAUCUGUUGCACCUUAGCUUCUUCACAUUCUCUUUAAAAGUGAGAGAAAGAGAAUUGUGUGGCUACCACCAGUUACUUAGAAAGAAAGAAAGAAUUAUGGAGAAAGCACUGACAAAAGUUGGGAGCUUCUGGAUUUCCAAGAAAGCUAAGGAAGAGUUCUCCCACAUUUCUCAAGACAUUUCUACUUUCUCAGACACUGUUGAGGAGAAGGCAAAAUGGGUAUUCAACAAGCUGAAAGGUAAGCCACAGAAGUCUUUGUCAGAUGUUCUCAGAGAGUACAACUUGCCUCCAGGCAUAUUCCCACAAAAUAUAAAAUGUUACGAGCUGGAAGAAUCGAGAGGGAAGCUGGUGGUACACUUGCAAUCCCCUUGUGAGGUAUGUUUCAAGGAUUCAUCGGUGGUGAGAUAUGCUACUCGUGUGAAGGGAACACUGUCAAGGGGAAAACUUAAUGGAAUAGAAGGAAUGAAGACUAAAGUACUCGUAUGGGUUAAAGUGACUAGCCUAAGUGUUGAGAGUCUUAAGUCCGAUAAAGUCUGGUUCACUGCUGGUGUUAAGAAAUCUAGGCCCAAAGAUGCCUAUGAAUUCCCUCGCGAAGCCAUUAAAGUUGAAGAAUUCUGAGGUUGCUGGCUAAUAUACUACCGUUCUGUUCAAUCUCUUCUGCAGAGUGAGAGUGUAACUUUCAUGUGCAUUAUCUGAGACUCAUUGAUGCAUAAUUUCAUUGUUGUCACAAAUACACUUUGUUAUAUAUAUAUACUAGCAAUUUGAUUGUGCUAAUGCACAGUUA